CCUCUACACAGAGUUUAACAUCCAAGCAGACAAGCACAUCACUCAAAGGACUUGCUAAAAAGUGACUUAUCUUCAAGUAAUUUGAGCCUAGCAUGGUUUUCCUUAUGUUUUUGUACACAACUCGGGACAAAAGGGAGGUGAGCCUGUAAUCUCAUGGGAAGUUCUGAAUGUGUAAGAUGGAAACAUAUCAAUCAGGAGACCUUGAGCAAAGACAACAGAGUAGCAGGAUGACCCAAACAGAACAGCAGUGGACAAGAGAAAACAGCAAGCAAUUAGAAGACGAACAAACAAUAGUCAACAUGAAAACCAAAUGGGAGAUUAUUAAAAUACAAAGACAAUUGACAUGUCGAGUAAUGGGGGAGAUUGAACAACUUUGGGAAGAGACACAAAGAGAGAGAAAUAAUAUCGAGUACUUGAAGACAAAUACAGAGCAGCAGCAGGAGGACAUUGACAGACUGACAGCUAAAAAACAUGAGCAGUAUUUAUUAAUAAAUAGACUGAGAAUACAGAUAGAAAAUAUUAUUGAGAAACUUGAGGAGAAUAAAAAUGAAGCCGCUCAAGAAGAAAUGCAACUUCUGAAAAUGAAGACUGAAAUAUACAGAGAGAGGGAAACUCUGGAAAGAAGACGUAAUGAACUAAUCAAUGAGCGACACAAGUUGGAAAUGAUCAAGUAUGAAAAGACAAAAUCACAAGAAAGUAAGGAACCCGAAGAACCCAUGGAGCAGAUAAAGAGAGAGCAGGAGAUUACGGAGAGGCUGAUGGUUGACUGUCUGCUCAGUCUAAUUAACAAAAAUAAGAAAAUAAUGCUUGAAGCAAAGCAGGCAAAAGAACAUAUGAAGAAAAACAUGGCAGACAUAAAGCAAGAGUUUCAGAGGAAUAAAAAGGAUAUUUCCCACCAUAGAGAUCAAAUUAAACUCAUCAAACACAAUAUGAAUGAAAAUAUUAACAAGAUGAAGCAAAGAACUGUUGAAAUGCAGAAAGCUGCAGUCCCAGAGAUACAAAGCAGAGAAAGGCAGAAAGAAGAAAGAGACACUUUCGGCACUGUGAAGAUUAAACUCCGCAGAAUCCAGGAAGAGAUGGAGAAACUUUGGGAUGAGCUGGAAGACAGCGUACAACAACUGGAAGUGACUGUGAGAGAGAAGCAGGAGCUAAAGACAAAGAGUGGUCAAAUGGAAGAUAUAAAAUCUGACUCAGACACAGAUGUGAGCAUAAAGAGAACACAGUGGAAAACAGCGAUGACUGCUGAUAUGCAGAGGCAAAAACAAAACUUAGAAAAUAAGUUGUCACAGGUCCAAUCUGAAAGAGACGAGAUACAAAAAAUCAAGACUAAAAUACAGACUGAGAGAGAGAACAUAGAGAGAGACAGGCAGUUAGCUAAAGCAGAAACGAAUGCAAUGAACUGUAUGAGGGAGAGUGCUGAAAAACAAAAACAGGAGCUGGACGACAAGUUACAGAGGACAAAGAAAGAGAUAAGAGAGAAGGAAGUGUUGAACACUGAGAUUGAAAUAAAGAUAAAAGACCUGGUAAAAAUAAUACGAAUGAGCAGGAGAAAAAAGGAAGGGAUCAGCAAGAUGAUGGAAGAGGCUGAAGAUGCUAAACAAGUCAUGGGGGAAAGACAAGAUGAGACUAAGGAGAAUUGGUCAGAGCAGGUGCUGCAGGUGAACAUGGAGUACAGAUUUGAUGAGCAGAAUAUAGGACUCCAGCAGGUUGACAGAACUAGAGACAUACAACAGCUUAAAGAACAUUCCUUUGAGGAAGACAACAUGGAAAGCACCAAGAAUAAAAUGAACACUGACAUGGAGAGAGUGAUUCUUGAAGUAAAAGAAAUCAGAAAGAUGCUGCGUAGGGUGAGAAAAGAGACAGGGCAAAGCAGGAAGGACUUUACAGAAGAAAAGAGACAAAUCCAAUGGAUGAAUUUUCGAUUUGAAAAAAAUAAACGAGAGCUUGACCAACAGCUGGAAAAGAGCAUUAAAGAGAGGGAUGAGAUGGAAAUCAUGAAGGUAAAGAUACAACAACACAGGGAAGAGGUCAAACAAAAACUGGAAGUUACUAUAACUACAAUUCUGACUAUGGGUGAGAUAAAAGCUAGCAUAGAAAAAGCUGCUGCAGAGAUGAAAAAUACCAGGGAGGAGAUGCUCGAAGUCCAAAGGAAGACAAACCAGAACAAGGAAGAGGUCAAGAAGUAUGUAGAUAAGAUGACUUCCAUGAAAGUUCAGGUCAGCAAAUGGAUAUUGACUGAAUCUGCAAUCAAAAAGACCUUUUCAAGGAAUACAUCUAAACUUCAAAUAGCACAGAAAGAAACAGCCAGAGACUCUCUCAAGGAUCAAGCAUUUGAAAUUCUAACAGACAAAGAAGGUGUAGAAGAUGAAAUUACAAAAGAAACCAUGACUAUACCAUUAGAAGACCAGCCUCAAAGUGAAGAUACAAAUGAGCAUUCAGAGCACAAACAGAGACAAGGACUCAAUUUUUUUGCAGUGGACAUGAAAGAGGAGCAGAAUGUUUUCUUACAGAUGCAGACCAAAAUCUAUGAAGAAACAUUAAUGGAUGAUGAUCAGACCAAAUUAGUGAUACAUGUAAGAGAAAUGGAAGUAGAAAAGCAGAUGUUCAAACUCAAGAAGAGAGAGGAUAAAUUAAGGGAACAAAUAAGGUACGCUAUGGAGAACAUGGAGGAAGACAAUAAAGAGAUUAAAAGGAUCAUUAUGGACAUAAAUGACCUGCAGAGCCAGAAACCAGAGGCUGAAAAUUGCUUACCAAUUACAGUCAGGGAAAGCACAAAUGUUUUCAAAGAUGAAAUCGUUGAAUAUGAAGUGAACAUGCAAAAACAGGAGGAUGACAAUAAGGUGAAACAAGAAGUUAUUGAUGUUGUUGAGAAGCAAAAACAAAGUCAGGAUUCAAGAGAAAAUAUACAGAUACAUACUGAGGAGAUUGAUGGAGGUUAUGAUAAAAAGGACACAGGAAGUGCUGAUAUACAAAGACUUAGGGCUGAGAUUUAUAGAACACAAAAUAUUAUAAGACAAGUAAAACUAGAACUUGAAAACCAAGAUGAAGAAAGCAAUAUCGACAAAGAUCAUAGGGAUAACGACAGUGAAAUUGAAGGAUUACUACAAGACAUGAAACAAUUCCAAGAGCUUUUAAAACUGCUAAAAACUGCAAUGAGGCAAAAUAAAAUGCAUCUGAAAGAAAAAAUGAGCAACAUGAAAUUGAGGAAAACUGCAGCCAAAAAACUGAAGAGAAAACUGGAUCAGAGGUUAGAGAAAACUUUGAGAGACAGAGAUGAAUUUGAUCAUUUAAAAAUAAAAAUGCAGAAACAAACUGAAGAGACAGAGGAGAAGUUGGAGAAAAUGACAAAAGUUAAGAGGACUGUCGAGGAAAUUGCUGCAAGGACUAGACAGAAAAGUGAAGACACAGAGAUUAUUAUGAAGCAGACCCAAGUAAAACUGAGACAGUUGGAAGACUUGAACUAUAGGAUUGAGGCUACAAAACAAGAACUGGAAAACAGCCUUGCUUUUACAUUCCAGGAAAGAACUGACCUUGAAAAAGUCCACACUGAAAUCAGACAGAAAAAGGACAGAGAAUGUGCCUUGGAAAGUACUGAGAGAGAGAAGGGAGACAUAAAGCAAUGUGAAAGAGAUGAAACAGAUACAGAAAGGGACAAAAUGAUUAAGAACAGAAUGGGUAAAGACAUUGAGGAAAUGGAAAAUGAAAUCUUCAGACUCAGAUCAAAAAAAGAGAAACUGGAGAAGGAUAUAAAACUGACAAUGGUCAGUUUGGAUCUGAAAAAUAGUGAAAUUGAACAACUGAAAAAGUCUAUAAGUGAGGAAGUUAAACAAAAGACUGAGAGAGAAGAGAUUGAGAUGCUGAAACAACAGAUUCAAGUUGAGCGGGAGAAUGUGAGAAAAGAAAGACAACAAGAAAUACAUGAGAUGAACCGUUUAAGGGAGAAUAUCGAAAGACAGAAACAGGAGCUUGAUGACAGAGUGCAAACAACCAAAACAGAAAUAAGAGAAAUGGAGAUACUGAAGUCAGAGCUGGAAAUAAAGAAAAAAGAAAGUAAACAGAUAUAUAGAACAAGCAUGCGAAAAAUGGUGGAGAGUGAAAUGAGGUGGAAUGACAUACAAAGAGAAAGGGAAGUACUGAGGAGAGAGACCAAAAAGAGAAGAAGAGAAUUAGACCAAAGACUGGAAGAAACCAUGAGAGAGAGGGAUGAGUCAGAAAUGUUGAAGAUAAAACUGCAACGGCAGAAAGAGGAGCUGGCUGAGGAGAAACAGAGAUUCAAAGACCAGAUAACUCUGAUCCAAGUAUACAGAGAACAUGAAAAACAAAGUCUGGAAAAGCCAGAGGUGAAAAACUUCAGGGAGAAAAUUCAAAUGAUCCACCAAAGCUCAAAGGACACUGAUUCCAUUAUUGGCCUUCAAAACAUGAAACAAAAUAUUCAUGUACAUUUGAAAAUAAUUAGGAGAGAAAUGGGAAUUCUGGAAAAUGUAAAUGUUGAUUUAGGGGAACAAAGAGAAGGGCUCAAAGCAAUACAAGCUGAGAACAGGACUGUAGCUGAGCCAAACAGUGAGCACAACAUGAGCCAAAUCAAAGAUCUGAUAAAGAUGAACUUUGUCAAAAUGACAAUACAGGCAGAAGCAGAUUUGGUUGAAAUGGUGCACAUGACGGACGGUAUCCAAAAACAAAAACAGUGGCUUGAAAUCACACUAGAAGAAGUUAAAAGACAAAGAAGAGAGAUUGAAGUGUUGAAGUCUGAAAUGGAGGGGAAAAAAAAUGAAAAUCAACGGAUGAUCCGAAAAGGCAUUCAAAAAGAGCAGGAAGUUAAAAAGAUGUGGGCUGAGGUCAAAGAAGAAGAAGAUGCCCACAAGAGGGAGAGAAAGAAGAGAAAGAAAGAGCUCGACCAGCGACUGGAGAGGAUCAGCAGAGAGAGAGACGAACUGGAGAUCAUGAAACUAAAGAUGCAAAGAGAAAAGGACGGGAUCAAAGGUGGAAUAGAAGUGUCCAGGAUGGCAACAGUCACACAAGUUCCAAAUCCAAUUCAAAAGCACUGGGGGCUAAUUCAGACAUGUAUGGAGAAAUAUAAAGUCAUGGAAAAACUGAAUGAAGAUUGGAAUGGAGCAAUUAAAGAUGAAAAACGACACAUGGAGGCCCAGGCAAAGAUCACAACCCAGGAAAGAGAGAAAGUGGAAAAUAUCAAGAUGGAGAUUCAAAGACAAAAAGAAAUAUUAUGUGCUUUAAAGAACAAGCAACAAAAGCAAACACAUUUGGAGCAAGAGGAGAUUAAUAUAGUUAAAGAGAGAGAGAAAGAGAUUCUCAAAGCUGAGACAAUGAUCCUCAAAGAUGGACGACAGAAAGAAAAGAAAGAACACAGGGUAAUAAAGAGGCCAUUUAAUGUGAGUGAGAAAAUACAGAAUGAGUUAGAUGAAUUAAAAGAAUUAACAAAGGAAGACCAAAGUGGAAAAGGGCGAAAUGAAGAAGAGGUGAAAUUAAAAAGUGAAAAGAAAGAAAAAACAUCUUCAAAUGAUUGUACAGACACUCUUGUGUUAAAACAGAAUGAACCACCUAGAAAUUACAAUAAGGAGAAACUAGAACCUUUAAAAACAAAAAUUAUGAAUGAAAAACCUGAAAUUGCAACAAGAAAAGAGAAAUUCCAAAGUAAAAGGAAACUGAAAGUUGGGUUUCAAGAAUUAGGCGAUGUAAAUCUAAACCAGAAGAGAGACAAGGGCCUGAAAGAUGUGGCUGGAACUAAAACAUUGAUAAACCAACAUGAAUUAAAAUCUGACAAAACAGAAGAUGAUAUGCAUAAGGAAAUUCACGACGUAAAAGAAAGUGAACAUGGAGAAGAGGAAAAACACAUGCUUAAAAAUAAAUUGAUUGAGCAGGCAAAAAGAGAAGAAAUGGAAUCGGAAAAGGAGGAAGUAAAAAGUGCAAAGAAAACUGAGCUCUUAGACACAGAAGGGCUGAUAAAAAAGAGAGAGGAUCUGGAUAGAGAGAGUGAGAAGAUGAACAAAGAGAAACUGCACUUGGAGCUGAUGACGUCUGACAUCCGGAAACAAAAUGACGUAUUACAACAAGCGAUACAAGAUAUACGAGAGGAAAGAGACGCAUUGGAAACAACAAAGUCUGAGCUACAAAAGAAGAAAGAACAUGCAGACAGUCAGUUUGAUGAGAUAAACAGAGAGAAAAGCAACAUUAAAGAUCUGACCCUUCAGCUUCAGGCACAAAGACUCAAACUGGAGAAUGCCAUGAACAUGAUCACCCGAAAACAAGAAGUACAAGAACUCAAGGAAGACCAGUUCAAGAGACAGACACAAGCCCUGGAAACCAGUAAGAACAAUGUACUGGCUGAAAAAGAAGAGCUGGAGCUUUUGAGGAAGGAUCUGAACAAGAAGAAAGAAGAGGUUGAUGCUACAAUGAACACCAUGAGUGGAGAGAGAGUAAUACUCACUAAAAUGAAGACUGAAGUAGACAUGGAAAGGGAAAUGCUUUCAGAUGAUGAGCAAAGACUAAAAGAACUGUCGGAGCUGAAAAUAAAAGCCGAUCAGUUCAAUGAUAAAAUGAAAUACAUUGAAAGUCUGAGAGCAAAACUCAAACAUUUCAGUGAAACAACACAAGAAAAUAUCAAGAACAAAAUGGAGAGAUUAGCACAACAUGCUGAAGAUGUGCAAAAGCUAUGUAGUGUCCUCGAUCAAAAGCAAACAGAACUUGAUGAAGACAAAAACAAGUUGCUUGAUUACAUUCAAGUGUUUAACAGAGAAAAGCAACAUCUCAUCACUACGAAAUCAGACAUGUUCCAGAACAGAAAUGAAAUGGAAGCACAAGAUGGUGGAAAACUAAAGACAGAGAUGACCCAAGAGAGAGAAGAUCAGAAAAGUAUCAACGGCAUUGUGGUCAAAGAGAAAUUGGCCUUGGAGCUGAUGAAGUCUGACAUGAAGAAACAAAUUAACCUGUUAGAACGACACAGACAAGAAAUGAAAGAGAGAAAAAAUGAGCUUCAAAUCACAAUGACUCAGCUGAAAGACCAGAAGGAACACAUCAACUUCUUCCUUGAUGAGAUAAACAGAGAGAAAAUACAUGUUAAAGAGCUGGCCCUUCAGCUUCAGAAAGAAAACAUCAAAGUUCAGAAUGCAACAAACAUUAUUGCUCUGACACAAAGGGAACAACAUCGCAAAGAUUCUGACAUCUGGAGACAAACACAAGAACUGCAAUACAAUAGAAAAAUCGUACUGGCAGAAAGAGAAGAGCUGGAGCUUUUGAGGAAGGAUCUGAACAAGAAGAGAGAAGAGGUUGAUGCUGCAAUGAACACCAUGAGUGGUGAGAGAGAACAACUGUAUCACAUGAAGAGAAGUACUGACAUGGACAUAGCAAUGCUCCAUAAUGAAAAGGACAGAAUGGAAGGAGAAAGGUCUGAUCAGAAGAAAGAGAGAGAGCAUCUGGAUAGAGAGAGUGAGAAGAUGAACAAAGAGAAACUGGACUUGGAGCUGAUGACAUCUGAUAACCAGAAACAAAGUGACAUAUUAGAACAAAAGAUACAAGAUAUACGAGAGGAAAGAGACACAUUGGAAACAACAAAGUCUGAGCUACAAAAGAAGAAAGAACAUGCAGACAGUCAGUUUGAUGAGAUAAACAGAGAGAAAAGCAAUAUUAAAGAUCUGACCCUUCAGCUUCAGACACAAAGACUCAAACUGGAGAAUGCCAUGAACAUGAUCACCCGAAAACAAGAAGUACAAGAACUCAAGGAAGACCAGCUCAAAAAACAAACACAAACUCUGGAAACCAAUAAAAACAGUGUACUGGCAGAAAGAGAAAAGGUGGAGCUUUUGAGAAAGGAACUGAACAAGAAGAAAGAAGAGGUCGAUGCUGCAAUGAACACCAUGAGUGGAGAGAGAGAACAACUGUAUCACAUGAUGAGAAGUACUGACAUGGACACAGCAAUGCUCCAGAAUGAAAAGGACAGAAUGGAAGGAGAAAGGUCUGAUCUGAAGAAAGAUAAAGAGGAUGUGGAUAAUGAGAGUGAGAAGAUGAACAAAGAGAAACAGGACUUGGAGCUGAUGACAUCUGAUAUCCGGAAACAAAGUGCUGUACUAGAACAAGAGAUACAAGAUAUACAAGAGGAAAGAGAUGCAUUGGAAACAACAGAGUCUGAGCUACAAAAGAAGAAAGAACAUGCAGACAAUCAGUUUGAUGAGAUAAACAGAGAGAAAAGUAACAUUAAAGAUCUGACCCUUCAGCUUCAGAAACAAAGACUCAAACUGGAGAAUGCCAUGAACAUGAUCACCCGAAAACAAGAAGAACAAGAACUCAAGGAAGACGAGUUCAAAAGACAAACACACACCCUGGAAACCAAUAAGAACAGUGUACUGGUAGAAAGAGAAAAGGUGGAGCUUUUGAGGAAUGAACUGAACAAGAAGAAAGAAGAGGUCGAUGCUGCAAUGAACACCAUGAGUGGAGAGAGAGAACAACUGUAUCACAUGAAGAGAAGUACUGACAUGGACACAGCAAUGCUCCAGAAUGAAAAGGACAGAAUGGAAGGAGAAUGGUCUGAUCUGAAGAAAGAGAGAGAGCAUCUGGAUAGAGAGAGUGAGAAGAUGAACAAAGAGAAACUGGACUUGGAGCUGAUGACAUCUGAUAUACGGAAACAAAGUGACGUAUUAGAACAAGAGAUACAAGAUAUACGAGAGGAAAGAGACGCAUUUGAAACAACAAAGUUUGAGCUACAAAAGAAGAAAGAAUAUGCAGACUGUCAGUUUGAUGAGAUAAACAGAGUAAAAAGAAACAUUAAAGAUCUGACCCUUCAGCUUCAGACACAAAGACUCAAACUGGAGAAUGCCAUGAACAUGAUCACCCGAAAACAAGAAGAACAAGAACUCAAGGAAGACCAGUUCAAAAGACAACAACAAACCCUGGAAACCAAUAAAAACAGUGUACUGGCAGAAAAAGAAGAGCUGGACAUUUUGAGGGAGGAUCUGAACAAGAAGAAAGAAGAGGUCAAUGCUGCAAUGAACACCAUGAGUGGAGAGAAAGAACAACUGUAUCACAUGAAGAGAAGUACUAAAAUGGCUAUAGCAAUGCUCCAGAAUGAAAAGGACAGAAUGGAAGGAGAAUGGUCUGAUCUGAAGAAAGAGAGAGAGCAUCUGGAUAGAGAGAGUGAGAAGAUGAACAAAGAGAAACUGGACUUGGAGCUGAUGACAUCUGAUAACCAGAAACAAAGUGACGUAUUAGAACAAAAGAUACAAGAUAUACAAGAGGAAAGAGACACAUUGGAAACAACAAAGUCCGAGCUACAAAAGAACAAAGAACAUGCAGACAGUGAGCUUGAUGAGAUAAACAGAGAGAAAAGCAAUAUUAAAGAUCUGACCCUUCAGCUUCAGACACAAAGACUCAAAGUGGAGAAUGCCAUGAACAUGAUCACCCGAAAACAAGAAGAACAAGAGCUCAAAGAAGACCAGUUCAAAAGACAACAACAAACCCUGGAAACCAAUAAAAAAAGUGUACUGGCAGAAAGAGAAGAGCGGGACAUUUUGAGGGUGGAUCUGAACAAGAAGAAAGAAGAGGUCGAUGCUGCAAUGAACACCAUGAGUGGAGAGAGAGAACAACUGUAUCACAUGAAGAGAUGUACUGACAUGGACACAGCAAUGCUCCAGAAUGAAAAGGACCGAAUGGAAGGAGAAUGGUCUGAUCUGAAGAAAGAGAGAGAGCAUCUGGAUAGAGACAGUGAGAAGAUGAACAAAGACAAACUGGAUUUGGAGCUGAUGACAUCUGAUAUCCGGAAACAAAGUGACAUAUUAGAACAAAAUAUACAAGAUAUACGAGAGAAAAGAGACACAUUGGAAACAACAAAGUCUGAGCUACAAAAGAACAAAGAACAUGCAGACAGUCAGUUUGAUGAGAUAAACAGAGAGAAAAGCAAUAUUAAAGAUCUGAACCUUCAGCUUCAGACACAAAGACUCAAACUGGAGAAUGCCAUGAACAUGAUCAUCCGAAAACAAGAAGAACAAGAACUCAAGGAAGAACAGUUCAAAAAACAAACCCAAACCCUGGAAACCAGUAAGAACAGUGUACUGGAAGAAAGAGAAAAGGUGGAGCUUUUGAGGAAGGAACUGAACAAGAAGAAAGAAGAGGUAGAUGCUGCAAUGAACACCAUGAGUGGAGAGAGAGAACAACUGUAUCACAUAAAGAGAACUACUGACAUGGACAUAGCAAUGCUCCAGAAUGAAAAGGACAGAAUGGUAGGAGAAUGGUCUGAUCUGAAGAAAGAGAGAGAGCAUCUGGAUAGAGAGUGAGAAGAUGAACAAAGAAAAACUGAACUUGGAGCUGAUGACAUCUGAUAUCCGGAAACAAAGUGACGUAUUAGAACAAGAGAUACAAGAUAUACGAGAGGAAAGAGACGCAUUUGAAAUAACAAAGUCUGAGCUACAAAAGAAGAAAGAACAUGCAGACAGUCAGUUUGAUGAGAUAAACAGAGAGAAAAGCAACAUUAAAGAUCUGACUCUUCAGCUUCAGACACAAAGACUCAAACUGGAGAAUGCCAUGAACAUGAUCACCCGAAAACAAGAAGAACAAGAACUCAAGGAAGACGAGUUCAAAAGACAACAACAAACCCUGGAAACCAAU